UUCCCAGCUAAGAUCACAUAAGACUUCACACAACUUAAUACUCUGCAUUGUGAUGAUCACAGAAGCCAAGAGAUACAGAAUGAACAUAUGCUUCCUUCACUCCUAUACUGAAGCUCACGUUGGGGACACUGACGCAUAGACUGAAAUGACAGCCAGACAUCCUGACUGAGCGACACAACACACUGUGAAAACUCCGCAAAGGCCUCUUAAAGGAAGACAGCUCACACUUGCCUGCCUGCUACCAUCUUUUUAAUCUUCCUCUUGACCACUCAAAACUUCAGUCUUCCUACUAGUACGUGCCUUCCUGACACCAUGGAAAAAGUCCAGUACCUCACUCGCUCUGCUAUCAGGAGAGCCUCAACUAUUGAAAUGCCUCAGCAAGCACGGCAAAAUCUCCAGAAUCUAUUCAUCAAUUUCUGCCUCAUCUUGAUCUGUCUCCUGCUGAUCUGCAUCAUUGUGAUGCUUCUGUGAAGUGCUGCUGCCACCUCCACAUCUGUAACAUGCCAGCUCAGCUUCAAACCCCGCACUCCAUCAAGAGGAGAAACAAUACAGCCUAUUCCCUGCCCAGUAUGUCUUUGUGAAGGUCAAGAUUAAGAGUGAAACAAAUUGUUAGUGAAUGGAUUCAUCCACUGGAUCCUGUAAACAAACUUUACAAUGACUAAGUGUGCAUAAUGUAGCUGCCCAUUUCCUCAAAAUGACUCAUAAAUUUCUUUCCUAAUUACUUCUGACAAUGAAGUAGGAGUUUUAAUUUUGAAACAGCACUGAGAAAAAGUUCACUUCUAUAUCCAACACUAGCUUUACUGCUAAGAAGCUCACUUUAUAGCUUCAAUUUUGGAGUUAAAUGAAAUUUAUACUGCAUUACCAACACUUUUUUUUUUUAUAGGAAUUAAGUAUUCUUCAGGUCUCCACAAAGCAGAAAAACAAUAAUUUAAAUGAAGAGUUCUUAUUCAAAAUAGCUGAGUCCUCACAUGUAUGACUAUCAUUAUUAUUACUAUAUUAUACAGAAGUCUUGGUAGUUACUCUCAGAAUAGAUACCUUGAAAUAAAGAUCAUGCCAUUUAUCUAUACACUAAUAUUUUAGGCUUAUGAGAAUCAAGUAGGGAAAAGAUCAUAUUCUCAUAUAAAUAAAAUUCCUUAUCACAAAUUUUUCUCAACGAUUAUGGAAUUCAAGUAUACAAAAGUUAAUCACAUAUUUGCUCUCUCUAGGGCUUGGUGAUCAACAAGCAAGACUAUCUUCCUGUGUGGCUGGGAUAAUUACUAAUAAAGCAGAAUCUCCCCUGAAUUUGACAUUGACAUGGAUAUCUUUGUUUUAUAGGGUUUCUCCUAUUCCAAUCAGAUUUCCAAUAAGGUACUAUUUCAAGCAUUAUAAAUUUUUAAAUUCUGAACUCUUUCUCUCCAAAUAUUAAUUCUUCCAUUAAGUGUGAGCCUUUAUUCUUCAUAUUAUCUGUAAUAAGAUUCAGCUGUCUUCCUCUAUUGCCCAGAGAAUAAACAUUUAUUUACUAGGUUUAGCAGAGCUAGCCACAGUAUUUUACAAUUCCUACUGAAUAUGUUUUCAAUCUCCCUUUCUAAAUUUUUAAAUAUCUUUCAAUAACUACUAAAAGAAUAGGAGCAGAAAAUUAUGUUGGAAAAUAUAUUAACCAAAACUUAGUAACUUAAAUUGGCUAAAAUAAAGAACAGUUUAGACCUCUACUUUGUAAUCCCCUAAUUUUAAAUCCAGUUCAAGAUAUGCUACCAAUACAGCAAUUACUAAGGAAGAGAAUGUGUAGACACGCUUCCCACAAAUUUUACAAGGAUAUAAAGCAUCAAUAUUCACGUUGGUUUCUAACAUGAGUAUUCUUAACUGAUGUUGAAUGAAACUGUCUGAAUUCCUGGUAGGAGAUGUUUGGGUUAAGGAGUUAUCUAAAGAGCAGUCAAAAGGACUCCAGGGCUCUCUUCAGCGAGGGCUGAAGAUUCCCAUCACAGCCAGAAAAUAUGUAUAAAGCAUGGAUGACAUAACCAUCUAAAUCAGUGGUU